CAUAUUUUUUUGAACCUAAAAAAAGGCGUUGUGCUUAGUUCACACAUAGCAAGGAAACCCUAGCAAAACCCUCCGGAGGAGUGUGUGCUCUGCUUCUAUUUUCAAUUUUCUUUGUAGUCUAAGUGUUUGUCUUUUCUCUCCAUUUGUUAUAUUGCCAUUUCCAAGUGGAAGAGGAGUAAAAGCGAGAGCGAAAAUGGGUCUAGGAGAAAGAGGAGGAUGGGAUAAAAGCGAGUCCAGGUACUGCGGAGUGGAGACUGAAUUUGAGGAUGACAUGCCUCGCCUUUUGUCUUACAAUCUCUCCUCUUCCGGCUUUGAUUUUGUUGUCGCUCCUUUGAUGGAUCCUACUUACAGACCAAGCUUGUUGGAAGCAGAGAAUGGUAGCUCUCACGUUCUGCCAUUUGCUGGGUCAGACUUAGUUUUGAGUCCUUCCCAGUGGAGUAGUCAUGUUGUUGGAAAAAUCAGCACGUGGAUUGACUUAGAUUCAGAGGAUGAGAUCUUUCGGAUGGAUUCUGAGACUACUUUGAAGCAAGAAAUAGCAUGGGCCUCUCAUCUAUCUCUGCAGGCAUGCCUUCUUCCUUCACCUAAGCGAGCUUCAUGCGCUAAUUAUGCUAGAUGUGUGAAUCAGAUUCUGCAGGGCCUAAGCAAUAUGCAGCUGUGGCUAAGGAUUCCACUAUUAAAAACUGAUGAGGAUUCAGUGGAUGUAGAUUCUGAUGAUCUGAGAGACUCUUGGGAACUCUGGAAUUCAUUUCGGCUAAUCUGUGAACAUCAUAGUCAACUGUCACUUGCCCUUGAUAUUCUGAGUACGCUACCUUCUGUGAACUCAAUUGGACGGUGGUUUGGAGAGCCUGUCAGAGUAGCCAUAGUACAUACUGAUUCUUUCCUGACAAAUGCACGAGGUUACCCAUGCCUGUCAAAGAGCCAUCAGAAGCUAAUUACUGGGUUUUUUAACCAUUCUGUACAGAUGGUUCUUUCUGGAAAACCUUUACAUAAUAUUCCUGCAGAAAGCACAGGUUCAGCUGCUAAUCAUAUUGAUAAAAAUGUGAACAAUGUGGAAAGACAUCCUCUCAGGUCAUAUUUGGAUUAUGUUGGUUAUCUUUAUCAAAGGAUGGAACCGCUCUCGGAGCAAGAACGGAUUGAGCUUGGCUAUAGGGAUUUUUUACAGGCUCCAUUGCAACCUCUGAUGGAUAAUCUGGAGGCUCAAACGUAUGAAACUUUUGAGAAAGACUCGGUGAAAUAUAUUCAGUAUCAAAGGGCAAUCUGUAAAGCUUUACUGGAUAGGGUACCCGAUGGGAAGGAAUCAGCAAUAACAACUGUAUUAAUGGUUGUUGGAGCAGGACGAGGACCUCUAGUGAGAGCAGCAUUGCAGGCAGCUGAGGAAACUGGACGCAAGCUUAAAGUUUAUGCUGUAGAAAAAAACCCAAAUGCUGUGGUCACACUUCAUAGUCUGAUUAAGCUGGAAGGGUGGGAAAAUGUUGUUACCAUAGUUUCUUGUGAUAUGCGUCUUUGGAAUGCUCCUGAAAAAGCUGACAUCCUGGUCAGUGAAUUGCUGGGAUCUUUUGGCGAUAAUGAGCUCUCUCCUGAGUGCCUUGAUGGAGCCCAACGGUUUUUGAAGCAAGAUGGAAUUUCAAUACCCUCAUCGUACACAAGUUUCAUCCAACCAAUAACUGCUUCAAAGCUAUAUAAUGAUGUCAAGUCACAUAAAGAUCUUAUCCAUUUUGAAACUGCUUAUGUUGUAAAACUUCACAGUGUUGCCAAGCUUGCUCCUUCACAAGCUGUUUUUACAUUUAAUCACCCAGAUUACUCAACUAAGAAAAGCAACCAACGGUACAAGAAGCUUCAUUUUGUUAUACCAUGUGACACUGGAUCAGCUAUUGUACAUGGAUUUGCUGGUUACUUUGAUGCAACGCUCUACAAAGAUGUACAUCUAGGUAUUGAGCCGUCAAUGUCUACACCAAACAUGUUCAGCUGGUUUGCAAUAUUUUUCCCACUAAGGCAACCUAUAUGCGUUCAACCUGGAUCCCCUUUAGAAGUACAUUUUUGGCGUUGUUGUGGUUCUACCAAGGUUUGGUAUGAAUGGUGCGUGACAUCUCCUAGGCCAUCACCUAUUCACAACAGCAAUGGCCGAUCAUACUGGGUGGGACUUUAGAACCAUUCGGUUGUGAGGAGAGGGAAGAUGUAUUUGCUUCCUCAUUACAGGUCAAAGCAGGCAACAAGUGACAGUAUAUGGUUUCAGGUGUGGCCUUGGAACUAAAGUAAAUUGAGAGUUGUACUACCUUUUUGGGUGGAUUUAGAUGGGGUUUCAGUUUUAAGUUCUUAGUGUAAUGUGCUUGUGCUGUGAUAUUCUCAGCACUUUAGUGUCGUUUCUGAACUUGAUGGAUGGAUUUUUAUGGCAAUUCAAUGUUCAAUCUACGAAUCAGGAACCUUUUUACACUUGGUCGAGUUUGAGUAUAUACUACAUGGAAAUGAUCAACUUACGUGAAUCUCUGGAUUUUAUUCUUUCAAUCAACAUCAAUUAGUUCAAGCCA